AGAGCAUCGCAGUAAGAAACAACACAGGGUCAUGCACAUGUCUCCCGACUUCCCUUGGCGGUAGUUUUUAGCGUAGCAAUUUAGAACGACAACGACUGUAACCCCGAUGGUAAUGUUUUGCUAGUUUCGUCUACUUUACCUAACAACAUUCUUGCCAAAAAAUUUUUCCUGUUUCGGCUAAUUAGAAGGUGACAGGUACUAGCAUCCUACUUGUUCCGCCUUCAUAUUCGAAAACCUAUCCCUUGUUUCUUGCUUCUUUUAGUACCAGUUUUAAGCAUUCUCUUUGUCUUUCUCUAGUAUCACAUGUACAACUAGCCUACUCGGAUUUCUUUGAACUUAUAUAUUAGUAUUAGUUGUACUUGUAGGUCUUCCAAAAUGGCAGAAUUGAGCCCGCGAGAAAGCGUGAUCGCGCAGUACCUGCGCUCGCCUGACACGCUGGAUAGUGCACAGACUUUCUUAGCCUCAGCUGCCAGAGAGGCUGCCUCUGGUGGGGUGGACGUGAUGGGGCAUUUGACCAAGAUUGAGGCUGGCAAGGACGUCCUCGCCGACAUGCAGAAGAUGACAUGCCUCGAACGCCUACUGCAGUACACGGAACUGCACGAGCAGUUUCGACCUCUGGUCCGUUCCCUCUUCUUCGAGCGUGCAGGUUCAUCUUCGACCACUGAGUACAUGGAAGGGCCGCUGGAGCUCUUCUUGAAACUAACCGGCUCUGCACGAGCAAGCUUGCUGACUUCCGAACUAUUGGCGCCUAAGGCUUGGUCCUGGCUGAUGCGCGGCAGCAGCAUCAAAGUCGCGCAGUUGAUGACCGCGUUGCUCUGUGCAGAGGGCGUUUGGGAUCGGAUACCGGUGAACGAUAUCGGCGCGCAAAUCUUUAGCAAAACCUACUCUGCGCCUCCUCAAGAGGACGUUGAUAUGUCCUCUCCUGAGCUUUCACUAGGACUAGUAGAGGGACAAGACGGGGAAGACAAGGAGAAUGAGGACGUGAUUUGGUUCCGGUUUUUACAAUUAGCAGCCGACUUGGCGCGUACGCGAAAUGUCGCGAUCCCAGGAGGACUCGAGGCAGUCGCCGCUGCAUACUUCACCGAAGAUAUCCUUACGACAGAAAGUAGAACGUCGAUAUUUUGUAGUUCGUUGUCUUUCUCUUUAUCUUAUUAAUGUCUCAUGUUUCCAUAGUCAUGAUCACGAAUGCUAAUGCGAACGUGGUCAAGGUCAUUGAUAUUAUAAGAAAUAACGCAAUUACUUGAUUGAGAUUGUUGCAUUGUCGUUUUUAUUUCUCAAAUUUUCACAGUGCUCGUGCUCGUCAAGUUUAGGGUCAACAACAUCUUCGAAGCUUGUAGAAAAACGAUAGUACGUCCUUUUCUAAUGCAUUCCUAAAGCUGAAUGCGGUUGAAUUCUGGAACCAGUUAGGCGAGAGUGCAGUUGGUCGCGCAUUUCUUCUGACGAAUGGUCUUCCUGAUCGCAUAGCAGCAGAGCUCGCGGACGACGCUACGCUUUCCCUAGAUGACCGCGUCGCUCCUACCUGUGUGCUCUACUUAGCCUUCAUCGUGGCGCAAAAUGAAGACAAGCUACUCGUAGAACAACAAGCGACUGGAGGUGCGCCGUCGACGACCACGACGACAGGUGCUGCUGCUGGCUCGACAACGACAAUGAAACAAUCCUCAUCUAUGCUGAAGCGUUACUUUCACCCGGUAUUGAAGCCUUGGGUAGAGCGCUUUCUAGAGGCACCAGCUUCGGCUGGGGAAGUCCCAAAACUAGUGGCUUUGCGAGUGUUCGGACAGCUUGCUGCUUCAGUUGCCGACGAAACUUUCUUCGAGCAGGAACUGCAGACGUCCUUCGCGCCACUCUGGCGGCUGGCGGCGCAGGAUGCCUUGCUCGGUACUAACAUGGAACGCUGCAAGCUCGCGCUCGUGCAAUGGAUUGCGAUCGCAAGUAGGUUUCCUUCUCGUGCAAGGCACGUGCUGGAGCCACUUGUCAGUCAUGUCCUUCCCGAAAAGACUGACCUAAGGCCCUUUGCUUACCAGCUUUUGGCGCGAAUGAGCAGGGACUCGAACCUGGCUUUGCAACUGCUACAAGCCGAGUCUGUUCGCGCUCUUUUGCUCGAUUUCGGAUCCGAGACCACGCACGAUGCGCGCAUGGAAAAGCACGGUUUUGUGCGGGCUUUGCUGUUAUGGAGGCGGGAAAUCUAUAAACUCAUCUGCAAAAAUAGAAGGAAAUUUCUUAAUCGUUAUCGUCUCAACUCGAUAAUCAAUCACAUCAACCUACUAGUAGAUGUAGAAGUAGAAUCCAAAGCCACUGUGUCGUACUACUAGUUGAUGUUGUAGUACUUCUUGUUCAAACAGAAACAUCUCAUUCGGUGUUGAUAAGUGAAGAAUAUUAGAUCAGCAUCAUCUCUAAUAUCCGGCAGGCCAGAUGGCAAUGCUCAGGAAGCCUUACAGCACGAUCAAGACGUCGCUAGUAGAGUCCUGGACGAAAAAGCUUAUGCAACACUUGCGGAGUAUGCAGACAAGGGCCCCUAUGCGGCGACAAUACUGAAGCAGGCCAAGGUCCAAGUGGGGAAAGAAACUGCUUAGGUAGCACUCUUGGUAUUGUAGUUGCAGCUGGCCAGCUGCUGAAGUAACAAGAAUUGUAUAUGAUUAUGAUCAUGGGACAACUUUGUCACUGUCGUCAUCAUGCUCAUGACUCAAAAGUCCAACAAAGACCCCGCUAGCUUUCUAUUGUUUCAUCCUCAGACAGAACACCAGCACGUCUUGACCUCAACCCUGUAGGUCAAAACCGAUAUACCCCUUGCUGGCAACCACGUUCUUCUCGCAACUCAUAUUUCAAUUUCAAAAUGCGCUGUACCACCAUCGGAACGAAGUUGAU